AUGGCAGCAAGAAUCGGAAUACUCACUGCAAAUGUAGGAGCAACAGCCACAUUCAAUCGACUAGGGUACGAGGGUACAAUCCCUAACAUAACACUAGUGUCAGAAAACGGCGCACACAAAAUCACAGACUGGAAAGUUCUUGACACCUACAACGGAAGUGACCAUAACUAUAUAACGUUUAACAUAGCAGAAACUACAGUAGCACCGAAGAGAAAAGGGUGGAAUGUUAAGCGGUUGGACAAAGCACGGCUGAUACUAGAGAUCGACGCAAGACAAAACCGACAGAGUGGCGGAGACAUAGUCAACCAGAACAAGGCAACGAUCAAACAAGCGUGCAACGCUGCAAUGCCAAAAAUGGGCAACCCUCGAAGACAAGGCCAAGAAGUGUACUGGUGGACAGAUGAGAUAAAAACUCUCAGAGAAACGUGCAUCAAAAACAGACGCCGCCUUACUAGAGCUAGACGGAGAGGACAGUUUACAGAACAGGAAAGUCAGUUUAAGAAAUCCAAGAAGGACUUGACCACUGCCAUUCGGAAAAGUAAAACGGAGAAAUGGAAAAGCCUCUGCAACGACGUCAAUACUGACCCAUGGGGUAUGGGGUAUAAAAUUGUGAUGAAGAAGCUUAGAGCAAGAAGAACAACACCGGACCUGGAGGAAGGACAAAUGGACCACAUAGUUAAAGCACUAUUCCCCGACCACACAUAUAGUUUUUCUAGAAGUACCACACCAAUAGCAGAUGAACAAGUCGUGCUCUUCACAGUAGAUGAACUACAGAGAGCGGCAAAAACGCUAAAUAGGAGGAAGGCCCCAGGACCCGACAAUGUCCCAGCAGAGGUCCUAACAGUGAUUGCCGAGAACAGACCCCAAAUCCUGCUGGAUAUGUAUAUCCAGCAACGUUUAGUCCUGAUAAGCAAAGGAAAGGGGGAUCCCUUAACCCCGUCAGAUUAUCGACCACUUUGCAUGCUAAACACAGCCGGGAAACUACUGGAGAAAAUGAUCAAGCCGCGACUAUCAGCAGCAAUCGAAAGAGGGGGUGGCCUUUCCCCGAGGCAGCAUGGCUUUAGACCUGGCAGGUCGACCAUUGGAGCAAUACAAGAAGUCGUCAGCCAAGCCCUCAGCAGCCAACAAGGCAACCACUUCUCCAGACCGGUUUCUCGACGUGAAAAACGCAUUCAAUAG